GCACAAAAUAGAACGCGAGCGAGCGGGAGAAAGAGAGAGAGAGGGAGAGAGAGAGAGAGAGAGGAGGGGGAUUCCUCCCGAGAAGGCGAUGCUGGCCGAGUAUCUCUUCGGAGGGGUGAUCUCCUCGCUUCUAGGGUUGCUUCUUCUCCUCAGAUUGAGGAGAGCGAAGGAGAAGAACAAGAGGACGAGAAUUGCCGGAGCUCUGGCGAAGGCUGUCGAGGAAUCCAGGCCGCAGGCCGUAGGGGAUGGCGGAACCGACGUGAUCGUCGUCGGCGCAGGCGUCGCUGGCUCUUCCAUCGCGCACACGCUCGGGAAGGAUGGCCGCCGAGUACAUGUAAUUGAGAGAGAUUUGACAGAGCCCGACCGCAUUGUUGGGGAACUUUUACAACCUGGGGGUUACCUCAGAUUGAUUGAGUUAGGCUUGGAGGACUGUGUGGAAGAAAUUGAUGCUCAGCGGGUCCUUGGAUAUGCUCUUUAUAAAGAUGGAAAAAAUACCAGACUGCCAUAUCCCUUGGAAAAUUAUCAUUCAGAUGUUGCGGGGAGGAGCUUUCACAAUGGACGGUUUAUACAAAGGAUGCGGGAGAAAGCUGCAUCUUUGCCUAAUGUUAAAUUGGAGCAGGGAACUGUAACAGCCUUGCUUGAAGAAAAUGGUACCAUCAAGGGUGUAUCAUACAAGAAUAAAGCUGGUGCAGAAUUAAAAGCUUAUGCACCACUUACAAUUGUUUGUGAUGGCUGCUUUUCAAAUUUGCGCCGCACUCUUUGCUCUCCCAAAGUUGAUAUCCCCUCUUGUUUUGUUGGAUUGAUCCUGGAGAACUGUCAACUACCAUAUCCAAACCAUGGGCAUGUUAUUUUAGCAGACCCUUCACCUAUUCUGUUCUAUCCUAUCAGCAGUACCGAGGUUCGGUGUUUGGUUGAUGUGCCCGGGCAGAAGGUGCCUUCUGUAGCUAAUGGGGAAAUGGCAAGGUAUCUGAAAACUGUAGUGGCACCUCAGGUUCCAAGUGAGCUGCAUGAUGCCUUUGUAUCAGCUGUUGAUCAAGGAAGCAUUCGAACCAUGCCAAAUAAGAGCAUGCCUGCUUCUCCUUUUCCGACACCUGGAGCCCUAUUAAUGGGAGAUGCAUUCAAUAUGCGGCAUCCUUUAACUGGUGGAGGAAUGACUGUGGCGUUGUCUGAUAUUGUUGUACUAUGCAAUCUUCUUAGGCCUUUGCAUGAUCUGCAGGAUGCAUCUUCUCUGUGCAAGUAUUUAGAAUCCUUCUACACUUUGCGUAAGCCUGUUGCUUCUACGAUAAACGCUUUGGCAGGUGCCUUGUAUGAGGUCUUCAGUGCUUCACCUGAUCGAGCAAGGAUUGAGAUGCGCCAAGCCUGUUUUGACUAUCUAUGUCUUGGUGGUGUGUUUUCAAGUGGGCCUAUUGCUUUACUUUCUGGCCUCAAACCUUGCCCAUUAAGCUUGGUUGCACACUUUUUUGCUGUUGCCAUAUAUGGUGUUGGCCGACUUUUAUUGCCAUUUCCUUCACCUGAGCGAUUGUGGAUUGGAGCUCGAUUGAUUUCGGGUGCAUCUGCUAUCAUUUUCCCCAUUAUAAGAGCAGAAGGGUUUCGACAAAUGUUCUUUCCUGCUACUGUUCCUGCUUAUUACAGAGCUCCUCCUCCUCACUAAAAUGCCAAGAAGUACCCAUACUCGGUGGAUCAUUUUAUUUCCUAUGAAAAGCAUCUCUCUUUGUUGACAUGGCAUUGCCUUCCGUCCUUCUAAAUGUAUGUAGGAGUCGAUAAACUUUGAACUCCGAUAUUGCUUAGAACUGGUACUGUGUGCAUGCUUCUUGUUGUCAGUUUGCCGCAAGUUGUUACAUGACACGGUCCUGAUUAGACACAGAGAAGGUGACACUGGGAAAGCAAAUUAGAUGCUUUUGAGCAGUAAUUUGAGAAGCUCCGCAAUAAAAUUUCACAAGGGUUUAAAAUCAUAAAA